ACAUCCUCAUCACCUACAUCAGCUGAGGACUGCGGUGGCCAUUUUCCAGUUUCUGCCCCUGUCACGGACGGACAGUCGGACCAGAACUGUUUCGCUGCUAAAAUAUCUAAUGCAGAAGAUGUGAACUUUGGAUAUGUGCCAUAUAGGAAGACAGAGUUCUCAGGCCAUCAUAAGCUAGAGCUAAUGUCAAAUGGUCGUUGCAUCAGGCCUAUGGCAAAGGACUUGUCUGCCAUCCUCACUGUGACUCCCAAACCAGACUCUACCGAUCCCGUCCCCCCCUCUGAGGCCAUCCAUUCAGGCCAGAGAGCCCUGGAUCUGCCCCGCAUUGUAAAGCACAAGCCCAGCUCCAUCACCUUCUCAGACUACACCUGUCCAUCCGGCACCAACCAGCGCGACUUGGUCAACGAGAGCUCCGACGAUGGGGAGUCCCCGCACGAGCAUGACGGUGACGACGAUGGUGACGAUGACGACGACGAUGAUGAUGAUGAUGAUGAUGAUGAUGAUGAUGAUGAUGAAAAUGUGUUCCCAGAGCUGCCUCAGUGCAAAGAGGUCCUUGUCAGUCACAGACACAGAGGCAUGGGCAAAGACAAACUGAGGAGGAGAGGCAGCUCGAGUCCCCAGAAAGCCGAGAGCCCUCACAUCUCCAGCAGCUGUGGAUAUGAGGCUGAAGGGGAGGGCAGCAGCAGGGAGGAGGUUCCACAGGUCAAGUCCCCUUGGUCGGAGUCGAUGAACCAGCUGAUGAGAAAACUGGACCAGCUCAACCUCGACAUAGAGGAAGCUCUGAGUGCCAGCUCCUCACCCUCCCACACACCCUGCACCACCCGCAGGAAUCAGUGGGGUGCCGCUUCAAAGUCCACGUUAAACCAAUCCCUGAACAAUGAAGCUGUCCAAAGACCAGACAGGGAGGGAUGCCUGAGCCAAGACAGGUCCUCCACAGGAACAAGAGCAAGAACCAAGAAGACGAUGUUCAGUAAGAUGACGAAUGCUGGAGCAGAAAUUGAGGCGAAAGAAGCGUGUGACUGGCUGCGGGCGGCAGGAUUCCCCCAGUAUGCUCAGCUCUUUGAAGAUUCCCAGUUUCCCAUCGACAUCACUCCUGUGAAAAGGGAUCAUGACUUCCUGGACAAAGAUCUUGUGGAACCUCUUUGCAGACGCCUCAACACCCUGAACAAAUGUGCAUCUAUGAAACUUGACGUGAACCUACCCAAGAAGAAAAGUGAAGACUCCGAUGAAGAAGACCUGUUUGCUAUCAGUGACAAAUGGACCUUUGAGUGGAGCAGCCGGCGCUGGUCUCGGCUGCAGGACAUCGACUGCCUACUGGGAAACAACGGGGAGGGUCAGCCCUCCAGGGACGGCGUGCCCCUGAGGACCACUACCAGCAGUGAGAGUGUUUUGACGGACCUGAGUGAGCCAGAAGUCUCCUCUUUGCACAGUGAGAGCAGUGGAGGCAGCGGGCACAGGGGCCUCAGCACAGAGGACUCCGACUGCUCCAAUCGUACCUGCUCCGAUUCUGCAGCAAUGCCAGACUCAACCUCCCUCACCCUGCCUCACAUCCCCAAAGACAUUGGCCACUACGGCUCCCUGCCUGCUAAACAUGGCAGGUUAGGCCGCACGCGUGCCAAAGACUUCCUGAAGCGCAUGGAGACCCUGCGCUCCCGGGGAACGUUGGGAAGGGGUCGUAAGUCGUUGGUUAUCAGUGCUCCAGUGCUGCAGCAGGAAGCCCAGGCUCUGAAGACCCUGCGUUGUGUAGAGAUUAUAAAUGGAGAUGGCGGGGCCCCAGAACCACCGUCCAGCAGAGUCCUGCCCUCCCAGUCCAGCAGUGAGGGAAGCAGCCAUUCCAGUGGUAGCGCUGUCAGCACACCCAGCCUGAAGGAACGUAAGCAUUACCGGGCUGACCAUAAGCGCAGUGGCAUGUAUUUGGAGGACAUGGACAUCUUCUCGGGUACCCAGGUGAAGAAAGUAGCAGAACAAAACCGCAGGAAUGAGUUCUGCUCCUAUGAGGACCUGGUUGUUCACAUCCCCAAAGACCACAAGCCAGGAACCUUCCCCAAAGCACUAUCCAUAGAGAGCCUGUCGCCAACCAAUGGGGCCUCAAUCAGCUGGCACACAGGCAGCAUGCACAUGGACUCUCCUCUAAUCUCAUGCACCAAGGAAAACAGGCCUGUCACCCAGUGUUGCACCAGAGGCAGCCGCAUCAGCGUGUACGAUAAUGUUCCUGGCUCUCAUCUGUAUGCCAGCACUGGAGACCUGAUAGACCUGGAGAAAGAGGACCUGUUCCCUCAUCUGGAUGAUAUCUUGCUGCAUGUCAACGGUUUACAGCAGAUAGUGGACCACUGGUCUAAAAAUGUGCUACCUGUAGGGGACGGACUGGGGCAGGGGAACAGAGAGAGAGAAGAUACCGCAGGUCUCCAGUCCUCUAGUCAAAUCACGUUGGACUUUGAAGGGAAUUCUGUGACGGAAGGCCAGACCACCCCAAGCGAUGGAGACAGAGACAGAGUAUCGCUUGCUGAGACGGACUCUACAAGGCUCAGGGAACGGAGGGACUCUGGAGUUGGGGCUUCACUUACAAGACCCAAUCGAUUACGAUGGCCCAGCUUCCAGAUAUCCAAUCGCCUCAGCCACUCAGUAGCCUCCCUGCAGAUCACCAACCAGUCGGCAGGCCAGCUCAGUUUGCUGCAAAAGUUUUCUCUGCUGCGUCUUACCGCCAUCAUGGAGAAGUACUCCAUGUCCAACAAGCAUGGCUGGACUUGGUCUGUGCCCAAGUUUAUGAAGAGAAUGAAAGUUCCAGACUAUAAGGAUAAGAAUGUGUUUGGCGUACCUCUCAUAGUGCACGUUCAGCGCUCUGGACAACCUCUGCCCCUCAGUCUGCAGCAGGCCCUGCGGUACCUGAGGAGCCAGUGUCUGGACCAGGUGGGUCUCUUUCGGAAAUCGGGGGUCAAGUCUCGUAUUCAAGCUCUUAGGCAGAUGAACGAGAGUUCGCCAGACAAUGUGAACUAUGAGGAUCAGUCUGCGUACGAUGUGGCUGAUAUGGUGAAGCAGUUCUUCAGGGAUCUACCAGAGCCCCUGCUCACCAGCAAGCUUGGCGAGACCUUCCUGCACAUCUACCAGUAUGUGCCUAAGGACCAAAGGUUGCAAGCUGUUCAAGCAGCCAUCAUGCUCAUGUCAGAUGAGAACCGAGAGGUGCUGCAGACGCUCCUCUGUUUCCUGAGUGAUGUCACUUCCUCUGUGGAGGAGAACCAGAUGACUCCCAUGAACAUUGCCGUUUGUCUGGCACCCUCUCUCUUCCAUCUUAACAUACUCAAGAAAGACAAUCUCUCACCAAGGGCCAUGCAGAAGAAGUACGCCACUGGCAGACCAGACCAGAAGGAUCUAAAUGAAAAUCUGGCAGCGACGCAGGGCCUCGCUCACAUGAUCAUGGAGUGCAACCGUCUCUUUGAGAUCCCUCAUGAGAUGGUUACUCAGUCACGUAAUUCAUACGUGGAGGCUGACUUGCACGCUCCGACAAUCGAGGAGCUGUGCAAGCAGCUGGAGGAGGAUGAUGGAACCUACCAAACCCAUAUGGAGGGGAGACUACAGAACUUCCUCAAAGAGGCGCGGGAAAAGUCAAAAUACUGGGUAUCGUGUAGCAGCUCAGAUAACACAGAGCUCUACUACAAGAAGGUGGGAGAUGGGAACCCGUUGCGACGGUGGAGAGUGUCCGUCGAGGUGGAAGCUCCACCAUCAGUGGUACUGAACCGUGUGCUGCGAGAGCGUCACCUGUGGGAUGUGGACCUGCUGCAGUGGAAAGUGAGCGAAACGUUAGACAAGCACACAGAGGUGUUUCAGUACGUCCUCAAUCGCAUGCCGCCUCAUCCCAGCAGGGACUUUGUGGUACUCAGGUCAUGGAAGACAGACUUGCCAAAAGGUGCAUGUUCGCUGGUUUCGGUGUCCAUAGAGCAUGAGGACUGUCCUCCAAUUGGAGGGGUACGAGCCAUAGUUUUGGAGUCCAACUACCUGCUUGAGCCCUGUGGCUCAGGAAAAUCCAGACUAACUCACAUCUGCAGAAUAGACUUGAAAGGAAGGGCUCCAGAUUGGUACAACAAAGCAUUUGGUCACCUCUGUGCUGCAGAAGCCGCCCGCAUUCGCAACUCCUUUCAGCCGCUCAUCACCGAGGGUCCAGAGACCAAAAUUUGAUACUGUCACCAGUCGUGUCUGUCCAGCCUUGUGAUCAAGAUUGAGCCAAUUGAGCCAUAGCAGGCAGACACAGAUCAUGGACAAGGCCCCAGAACUAAAGCACGUUUUUUUGUUGUUGUUGUUUUGUUUUUUUUUUUUUGUUUUUUUUUUUUGGUGCCAGAGCACAGAUGUUCUGAAAAUGAUUUUGAGCUCCUCUGUACUGUUGCACAAUGACAAAAGAUCAUCAGACAUCAGACAUCUUAUAGGUGCUGGGCAUAAUUACCCAAUGGGAAAUUAAUCAUCCUGCCAAUGUCCUUAGCAUUAGGAAUGUAUUCACUUUGAUGUUGCUAUGCCUGUAUGUUAUAAUUAUUAUUAUCAUUAAUAAUAUUAUUGUAUUACUGUUGCCAUAAUCUACAAUGUCUAGGACAUUCAAGCUCUUAAACGCUUCUGGGAAGCAUGUAUAUUUUAUUCAAUUCAAAUUUAAAGCUAUAUUAAAUGUGCUGUACAUGCAGGUGUCUGUAUAUAUGUGUGAAUAUAUUGUACAUGCAAAUAAGAUGUAUAUGUUGUACAAAUGUGAAAGGAUUAAUAGUACAGACAUUAAUUUCCUAUAUAUUGAUUCUUCCAUGUGUCAGCUUUCUUGUAAUACAUUAUGGUACAAAAUUGUAAACUGGUUUUACUUUGCUUCAGUAUUGCUGUUUUGGAAAGGGUGUAAUUUUAUUCAACUCUGACCUUUAAUGGUUGUGAAAAAAAUGACUUAAGGUUUGACUUGAUCAUACCGGCUUUAGGGUACUGGAUUGUGCUGUCGAGUUCAGAGACAUCAUUU